AUGAACAUGGGGAUGAAAACCCCCAAGACUGAGCACCCUCUCGCCUCGGUCGAGGAAUACACCAGAGCAACCAUUAAAACAUUGUUCCAACUCCUGCGCGCACAGGGCCAGGGUGACUACCUCGGCGAGCAAGUGACACAACUAGAGCACUCGCUACAGUGUGCAUAUCUCGCCACGCAGUCCCCCAAACAUGAAAAUGACCCCGAGGUCAUCCUGGCUGCACUUUUACACGACGUCGGACGGUUCAUCCCUGCAGCCGAGAAGAUGGAGAAAAUGAUCACUCCGGAUGGCCAGUAUAUUGGAAGGCAAAGCCAUGAGGCUCUGGGUGAGACUUAUCUGCGCCAGCUUGGAUUCAGCGAGAAGGUGUGCAAGUUGGUUGGUGCGCAUGUAAUGGCUAAGCGAUAUUUGGUCGCGACAGAUCAAAGCUAUUAUGAUGCAUUGAGUGAGACCAGUAAGCGGACAUUGAAGUUCCAGGGUGGCGGAUACAAUACUGAGCAGGUCCUGGAGGCGCAACAGGAUCCCCUGCUAGAUGCAAAGCUUUCUGUGAGACGAUGGGAUGAUCUCGCGAAAAAGCCGAAAUGGAAAGUCCCUGAUCUGAAAGCCUAUGAGAACCUUGCCUAUCAAUGUCUUAUUGACUCCCGGUCGAAAUUCACCCUACAUUCGAAAGAAUAUAACCUGCCAACACAGCCCACGGUCGUAAUUUGCAUUGAUGGCUUCGACGCAGAGUACUUAAAGUCUGGUAUUGAGAGAGACCUUCUGCCAACUUUCAAGAAAUUCCUUGACACUGGAUUCCACGCCACUGCCCGGAGUUGCAUGCCUUCAUUCACCAAUCCGAACAACGUGUCUAUCAUUACAGGUGUACCACCAUCAACACAUGGAAUUGCUGGAAACUUCUUCUUGGACAGAAAUACAGGCGAGACAAGGAUGAUCACCGACGACUCCCUGCUUCGUGGCUCAACAAUAUUGGAGCAGAUGGUCCAGCGCGGUGUACGAGUGUCAGCCAUAACUGCCAAAGACAAACUGCGUAAAAUCCUUGCCCACGGCUUGAAGGGAGCUAUCUGCUUUUCUUCAGAAAGGGCAGCGGAUUGUACCCUGGGCGAGAACGGAAUUUCCAGCGUGGAACAAUGGCUCGGUCAGCCUGCGCCCAGUCAAUAUUCGGGCGAUUUGUCUCUGUUUGUGCUGGAUGCGGGCAUUAAAUUGCUCCAAGAGGAGAGAUCGGACUUUUUGUAUUUGACAUUGUCCGAUUACAUUCAGCACAAGUAUGAGCCUGGCAGCAAUGAGGCUGACGAUUUCAUGGGAGCCAUUGACGAGCGUUUGCAGAGACUCGUGGCUCUAGCUCCUAUUAUUGUUCUAAAUGCCGAGUUUGGGCCGAAUGCCUCGAGGGUUAUCUGCCCCAUCACGGAUCCGUUCGUUCGACACCAUGGCGCACUCGGUUCCUUUGUGCGCGUCUACCUCAAAGACAUCGCCCAACUUGGAUUGAUACUUUCAUUCUGCGAGUCACUCCCAUAUGUCGAGGCUGCUCUGAGCGGGCAAGAUGCCGCUCAAAUAUAUGAGAUGCCUUUGGACCGAGAGGGUGACAUUGUGGUUAUUUCCAAGCCACAUGCUGUCAUUGGCAGCUGCAAAGCAGAUCAUGACCUUUCAAAGGUGAAAGGCCAUCCGUUACGGUCUCAUGGAGGCCUAAGCGAGCAAGAGGUCCCAUUGAUCAUGUCAAGACCGGUGAACAAUCGGAGAAGGGCUGAGGCUACAGACUGGAGAAACUAUGACGUGUUUGAUCUUGUUCUCAACUGGUCAAUUUGA